AUGUCGCUGCGAUCAAAUAAGCCAGUGAGGCAGGACUACAUUGCCAAGAUCAGAUAUGCCAAUAGCCUACCCCCUCCGCCAUUGAACCCAAAGUUCAUUGAGUACAACACGACUACACCCAUUUCCUCGAAAACGGAAGGUGAACAGUUACUAUCAUCGUUAUUUCGUAAGGAAAACUUCCACAAUCUUCUCGAAAGGAUAGAUGACCAAUCGGGGCUAGAGUUAAACUUGAUAAAUAACGUAGGGUUCUUGGACCAUGGCGAUCAAUCGAGCAUUGGACAGCUAAAGAACAAGCCUGUCGCGUUACACCAGAAAGAUAGGGCCUUGUUAAGACACGUUGGUAUAGGACAGAUCAAGAGAACCGAUCAGGAUGUGUCGUUUUUGCGGAGAACAGAGUACAUUGCAGACCAGUCGUUGCUCAAGUCGGCAGCAGCAAGCACGCACACAGAGGAGAAUAAGGUUAACGAAAAGUUGAAAAACAAUGAAGAGCACAGUUUGGAUGCGGACCACCAAUUAGAGGCAGUAGAAGAAAGCUUUAGUACAGCAGACGACUCACUAAACAACUUGUCCAACUUGAAACAUCCUAGGAAAAGGCACGUGAAAGCAGUUGAUGCCUGGCCGUUGUUGCCCGACACGUCCAUGAUGGACAAUGUAUUUAUGAAUUUAAGAUUCUUGGGAAGCGCAUCGAUCAAGAGGGAGUUGGAUGUGUUAAAGAGACAAGAAGGAGCAAAGUACAAAGACAUGUACCAAAGACAGAGGCAGGAAUCGGCCAUAUUCAAACCAAUCAAUUCGCAAGAUGGCGAGUGGAUUUCAAUGUUUGAAUUGAAUGACGAGGAGCAAGUGUCAAAGCUACACCAGAGUUUGCAUUCAGAUGCAGCCGACGAGUCCACCACAGACUAUGCCUUCAAGUAUGCGAAAAACUACGACAUGCAUUACCAGGGGUACACCAACCCGCACCAGGAACUAGCUGUCAGGUUUAUUCCUGUCUCAGACGAGCCAGCUGCAAAAAAGAGAAAGGUGGCCCACUAUUUGCCGGUGAGCGGUAAAAUAGAACUAAGGAAACACAGAGCCUCGACAAACUCGGAAAUCAACAAAUUCAUCAAGGAGAGGACAUACGAUGGUAUUCUGUUCAAGUUGAGAGAACCCACAACUACUGAGUUGAAAGGCAUGGACAGAGUAAGGUCAGAGUUUGAUCCGAUGGAAUACGAAGGUGGCGAUGAACUUGAUGACGAGGAUAAAUAUAUCUAG